GCCCUUUCCUUUUUCCCCAAUAGCAUGACUACAGUCAUUGUCAUCCUGGCUGCAGUGAUCACCCUGAUCAUUGGUUUUGGUGUCUCAGGAAAACACUCCAUCAGUGUGACGGCACUGACGUCUCCAGGGAACAUUGGCCAGCGCAGCAUCCUGGGCUGCACUUUUGAGCCUGACAUCCGGAUGGACAGCAUAGCAAUCCAGUGGGCCAAGGAGGGAAUAGCUGGGCUGGUUCAUGAGUUUAAGGGUGGGAAGGACCACCUGCAAGAACAAGAUCCGUCAUUUCAGGGCCGCACGGCCGUGUUUGUAGACCAGGUGAUCGGUGGGAAUGCUUCCCUGGAGCUGAGGGAUGUGCAGCUCUCCGAUGCUGGCACCUACCAGUGCUCUGUCACCACAGCCAGAGGGAGUGGGGAAGCAGUGCUGCAGUACAGGACAGGAGCCUUCAGCAUGCCCAUGGUGCAGGUGGAGAACAGCAGCCAUGGGGACACGCUGCAGUGUGAAGCCCCGCGCUGGUUCCCCUGCCCUGCCGUGCGCUGGACGGCCUACGGUGAUACUGGGGAGCGCCUGCCCCACACUGCCAGCACCAGAUACGAGCUGAACCCUGGAAACAUCACUGUGAGGGUGGUUUCCCUCCUGCACAGCGUCACUGCUAAUGCCACCUACACCUGUGUGAUUGAAAACAGCAUUGCCAAGGCUAUGGGCAGCAUCACAGUGACAGGUAGGGUUCAACACCACCCAGAGAUGACAGGUACAGAUUUCAGCAUUACAAAGGUGACUAACCUGCAGCUGGUGAGCCUGAAUGCAGAGUCAGUGUCAUCCUCCUUUCCAGCCUGUCACUGGAUGCUUCUGCUUCCCUUGUACCUGCUGUCAUUAUAAAGCCAAUAUAAAGCAAUUGGAAACUCUGCUGGACCCGCAGGUAAGCUUGGGAAGAGAAACUCAUAUACGUACAAUAGACAUAGAUCCUCUUAGGGACCUUGGCUACAGCAGCAGACCUAUCUCAAGCCUGCCAGAAUUGGAGAACGUGUCUUUCCCCUCUGCCCCUCCUUUCCCCAUCCCCACCUUUAGGUGGGACACAUGGCUUGUCCCUCCCACAGGCUUCUCCCAUCACUUUCUGCAACAACAGAGAUCCUUCUCUUAUACCAGCAGCUGUCAGCUCUUACUUGUCCCCUCAUCCUCUUUCCUUGCACCCUCUGAACCUGGGCUGCAGUUUAUGGCUGCAAGGGCUUCCUCUCUCUGCUCACAAGACCUGCUACAGUACAAGCCUUGCUUGCUUCCACUUUACUCACACAGCUCCACAGUACAGUGUGCUGUCUCCAGUAAAUAGUACAGACACC